AUGUCUGACCACGCUCCACUGCCGGAAUUUUGGGUGCGAAAAAUACGCUCCUUUUUCGUUCUCUUUGAUCGCGAUCUGGACGGAAUCGUCCGAAAAGAAGACUACUUGGACUGGGUGCUGGAACGAACCAAGUCAUUUCUGGCAAAGGACAAACAGGAGAAAUACAAAGAAUAUUGGAACGCAGCGUGGAACGAGUUUUGGGGAGGACCAGAAGGGAAAGUUUCUGUCACUUUCGAGGAAAUGAUGCAAUCUCACGCGCGCACAUUUAGAGACCCAAAAUUCGCCGAAACCUGCAAGAAUUGGUUUAACUUGACCUUUGACGGCGCGGAUGCAAACAGCGACGAGUUUAUCACCCUUCAGGAAUACUCUGACUUCCUGAAGUGCUACGGCGUCCAUCCUCUAUCGGUGACGCCAUCUUUCCAGGCGCUGGACACAAAUCACGACGGUUUGAUUAGCAGAGAAGAUUUUACGAAUGCUGGGAGAGAUUAUUUUGUUACAACAGAUGAUAACCCGUCAAAACUCUUCUGGGGACCUUUCCUCUGCUAA